UCGCCUUUGCGCCACAACCUCCUGUGACGUUUUUAAAAAGCUGCGAUAGUAAUAGUUACAUCGUCAUUUUCGCACAUUUUCAAUUAACAUUCGUACACAUAGUCCUUUUUUCCACACGUCUCGUUUUAAAGACUUUGGUGUGGAAAAAAAAAUCGACUGAGAUUUACUUUGUUUUGCAAGCAACUCUUCCUGCCUGGACGUUUACUCCAAUCAAAAUGGCGGACAAGGAGGAUGAAAGCAACAUGACAGCUGGGGCCGAGCAGGGAGAGAGCUCCAGCGCGGCUCCGCUGCACCGUGUGGCGGGGCUGGCGCACAGCGGGGACCCGGUCGUGCCGGACAGUACGCACAACGCAAGCAGCAAUGGCGAGGAACUGACUUCGGCAGUGAAAGACAGUGCAGAAAACCCCGUUAUUGGAGAGUAUUUUCAGGGCUCUGUAGAAAAGGGGGCAGAGCUCGGACAGGACGACCAGGUGGCAAGCCCGACUGCGGGCGAUGGACUGCUGUUGGAACGCCACAUCAUAACGUCUUUCGUCGAAACACCCGGUAUCGAGACGGUCACAACGGCAGAUUUGUCUUCGGUGAACAGCGAGCUUGUGGAUACUUCAUCUGAAGCAACAACCACCAUUAUUUAUGUGCAGCCGGACGGAAGCUUUGUGGAAGGCACGGGCUUAACGGCGGAGGAGCAGCGGCAGCUGGUCGAGCAGCUGGCUCAGCAGCAGCUCGUGGAGGUUACGGAGAAUGAAGCCGCUCGUUUAUUCCAACAGCAGCGACCGCCGACAUCCCACUUCAGCCACGGCGGAGCGCUGGCGCCCAACGAACUGCAACAAGUCAUCGAUCAGGUCAGUCGGUCCCAGCAGUCUGUCGCUCAGGUGGAGCUACACGGCGGGCCUGCCCCAGCGCAACGGCAGGAGCAGGUGCCGGCGGUGUCCGAGCAGCUGCCCGGCUGCAUUUCACUCCCUCCUGGCUGCGUGUUGACGGCGGGAAGCCCGGCACAGGACGCCGCAGUCCGGCCGCCGCCGCUGUGCAUCGUGCAGAACGCGUCGCAACAGCUCCAAAACGUUGCAAAGCAAGUGGCGCUACAGCAGAGCCAGUCCAACAACGGCACGCGCCUGAUCCAGAAAAAGCAGCUGGAGACCAUCCGGAUCCAGGUGCCGAUUCCGCCCCCUCAGCAGGAGGCCCGGAAAUGCCCCGCCCCUCCCCUGGCCCUGCUCCAGCAGCGGGUUCCUCCCACAGGUCAUGCCCCCAAAGCGGGCGUGCCUGCCCCUCAGAUCAUCCACAUCACCCCAGUGAUUGGGCAGCAGCAGUACCUACUGACCACCCCCGGGGACCCGCCUAUCCAGCUCCUGCUGCAGAGACCCGCCCCCUUGGUGGGCGGGGCCAUACCCGUGCUCCACAAAGUACCCCUACAGACCCCCGUCAACGGCAGAGCUGGCCGCCCCGCCCCCACUCGUGGCCCCGCCCCCGGCCUGCCCCCCGCCGCCCCCCCCCGGCAGAAGGAGCAGCAGAAGACCCGGAGGCCCCAGAAGGUGCAGACGCGGUCCGGCCGGGUGUCCCGCCCCCCCAAGCACAAAGUGAAGGACUACAAAUUCAUCAAGACCGAGGACUUGGCGGACGGGCGGCAGUCGGAUUCCGACGAUUACUCCGAGAUCAGCGUGGAGGAGGAGGCGGGGGAGGGGGGCGUGGUGGGGGGCAAGAACCCUGACACAGUUGCCGCGGUGAACAUCUACCUCAGCACCCGGACCUUCAAGUGCAGGAGCUGUGAGAAAGCCUACAUCGGGCUGGGGGGCCUGACCCGACACUACAGACUCAACCCCGCCCACGAGGAGGCGGCGCCUGCUGCCCCAGCCCCGCCCACAGGCCCAGCUGCUGCCCUGGCCCCUCCUCUGGGGAGCAGAACGGACACGCCCACUGGUUCUGCCUCCACAUUGGCACUGGCUGGGCACAGCUCCUCCACAUCUACCAGUCAGAUCUCAUCAGAUCCUACAGAGCCCGUCCCCGUGACAACCUCAGACGUUGCUCCAUCGACAGCACAGAGGGAGAAAGUUGACCCCCUGCCCCUCCAGGGGGCACUGGCUCCUGGCCCUGGCCGGCCCAAAGGGAGGGCGGGACGCCCCAGAUCUACAGCACGUUCAGUUCGGAGAGGCAGGCCCGGCAGACCCCCCAAAAUCUCAGGGGCGCUGCAGCCACCCCAGAGGAGAGCGCGGCUGAAGGAGGUGAGAGGGCCUGCUUAUCACCUGUACCUGAGCAGCUCACCUGUAUCUGAGCAGCUCUCCUGUACUGACGUGUUACAUCCACAGGUGGAUAAGGGACGUCCCACCAGGCCGCAGUUUUCAGACGUGUACCGCGAAUUUGAGCAGCUCCACGCCCAGGUGAAGAAAAUGGCGCAGGAGCACCUCAGCUCCACCCAUGGCCCGGGACCCCACACUGUGCUGGAAGUCCGAGACCCGCAGGUGUGUCAGUCGCUGGGCAUUGGAGACCUGGUGACCAGGUUACAGACCGCCCCCUCCGAAAAACCUGCCAUGGGCAACCUGCCCAAAAAUGCAAAAGCAAGAGAGGACUGUAAAGCCCUGCCACCAGCAAAGCGCUUUAAAGUGGAUCCCUGCAACACGGAACCCAACGGAACGUUCCUGACCCAGAACCGGACCGCUCCCACAGCUGCAGGCGUGGACUCAUUCCCAGGCUCUGUAGAGCAGAUUCCCCUGAAGGACCGUUGCCUAGUGACCGGAUCGCUCUCACCUGAGGAGAGCGCCACAGAGGUGCUGGGGUGCCAGCGCAUGGAGCUCUCCUCGCACCCCCAAAACCCUCUGGCGCUCCCCCCACCGCAGGCAGAGAACAGUGCGGAGGAGACUGCCAGCAGCACUGAUCCUGCAGGCUCCGCCCCCUCACACACACAGAGGGCGGAGCCAGGCCAGGGGGUGGAGCUGAAUGGCUGUGACAUGGCAGAUGAAAAGCAGAAGCUGGAGCAGGUUCUGGGCAGUGACGUGGUACCUCUGGACCACAGCUACAGAGCCAGCAGUCAGGACAGUGCUCAGACCCAUGCUGUUACACAGCUGCCUGGCCAAACUGAGCAUGCUCAGACCCACGCUGUUACACAGCUGCCUGGCCAAACUGAGCAUGCUCAGGAGCUUGGCUGUGCAGGGGCAGAGGUGCAGGCUGUGUGUUUAGGGGGCACAGUCAGGCAGACUUUGGGGGACUCAGUGGAGCUUCAGGAGCAGGUCUUUAUCCAGACGGAGGAGGGCCUGAUCCUGCCUGGGGGCGUGCUGGCUUCCGAUCGCAUCGUCAUAGUAACCAGCCCUGAUGGGACCACCAUGCACAUCCGCACCCCAGAUACUGUUCCCCUGGAAACCGUUCCCCUAGAGACCGUGCAGGCUCUGCUGGGUAUCGACAUGGGGGCACAGCCAGAGGGGGUGCUGGUAUCAGAAAACCAUCCCUGAGCGCCCCACCCCCACACAACCUCAGCUGCGUCCAAGACCCCCCCCCAAAAGAAACACUUCUGUGGAUUUUUGUAGUUCCAGCAUUCUUUGAAUAUUUCUACAAACCUUUUUGAAGUUUUUCCACGAAGCCCCCCUUUCCCCUCCUUAAGCUUUCAGCACACGUGUUCAUAUGUAUAUAAAAAUAUAAGUGUUUAAAAAAAGAGACCCAGGUGUUUUAUUACUUUUUUAUGUUACAAAUGCUGGUUGUAACAUGCCCACAAUUGUCAGAAAAAUAACUUGAAAGCUACAUUUUGAAGGGAAAUUAAACUUAAAAACAUUAUUUAAA